AUGUUGACUGAAUGGUUCGCGAUCUUCCGGACCCCAAUUUCCAUCGCCAAGACAGACUUUCACAAGUUUGUUGGCUACCUGGAGGCGCAGGCCUUGGAGCUGAUCUGGAAACCUCGGUGCUCCGCGACGAUCGCGUGGGAGCAGACCCAGGGUAUCUCUGCCAAGAACAAGACAUCCAAGUACACAGGCCCCCGAGGUGACUGGAGCCAAGGAUACGGUUACAUCACGCAUGAAGGUUUCUGCCCGUGUGGCGCUUCGCUAGCCACAUAUGAUGAUGGAAGGUGCCCUGGAGCGGCCAAGGACCCACGCGCUACUGACGAGCGGUUGUUGGAGAGUUUGUUAGGAAGGAGGAGGUUGUCAAUGAUGGAGAGGAUGGGAAGAAUCCCCUUCAUUCGUAUCUAG